CGGACAUUUCUAGCACUUCUUACCGAGUCGGAUACUCUUAUACGCAGUUAUAUCUAAUUACAAUCAUGGCUUCAGAGAUGGUUGAAGACCUUUGGCUUUUUGGAUAUGGGAGUCUGAUUUGGAAACCACCGCCGCACUUUGAUCUCAGGGUUCCUGGUUAUGUCGAAGGCUACGUACGGCGCUUCUGGCAGGCAAGUGAGGAUCACCGUGGAACUCCAGAGGCCCCUGGCCGGGUUGUCACACUGAUCGAUAGAUCACACUGGGAGACCUUGACGGACCAGCAUUCUGAUGCUCCACCAACAACCUGGGGUGCUGCGUACAGGAUACCUGCAAGGCAUGUAGCAGAAGUCAGAGAGUACCUCGACAUUCGUGAGAUCAACGGAUAUAGUAUUCAGUAUACGCCCUUUCACGUGUCGAAGACGUACGCCGCUUCGCACGAGCUACCGGCACCUAUUGACUGCUUGGUCUACGUCGGACUCCCGGACAAUCCGCAAUUCAUGGGUCCACAAGACCUUCAAGGGUUAGCAGAACAUAUCGUCAAGAGCAGAGGGCCCAGUGGUGAGAACAAAGAUUAUCUUUACGGACUCGAUCAAGCUUUGAUAGAGCUUGGGGAAGGCAGCGAAGACGAGCAUGUUCACGACUUGGCGAGGCGCUGCCGGGAGGUCGAGUCCAGAGCGUGUGGGAAUAUUGGCAAACAAGCAGAUUCCCACGGCCCUGGAUCUAGGUUGCAGAGAGUGGGAAGUACAGACGAGCAGGAAGAGAUUGAGAAGUAGAUGUUCGUGUAUGACCAGUCAGGUACAAGGCAAACGCACGGUCAGCAUACUCUAGAUGUACAGUACUGCACGCUGUCGAAGCACUGAACCAGGCGCAUGGGAGGUUUGCAGAUCUGCAGGUGGUGGCUGCGGGACGAACCGAAGCUUCGUGUACAGUCUAACGGUGCGUGCGGAGGUAGAGGAUACGAAUCUCAUAACGUGUUUAGGUGCAAGAAUAAGGGG